AUGGCGCCGGUGGACGAGGCAGUCCUGGAUCGCGUGAGGCAGGGAAUGCGCGGCCUCAAGGCGCCCGGCCACUUCGACAAAGUCUACAAGGACGAGUGCAUGUACAGCUUCGAUACACCCUUCUCUCCGGGCGGCCUGUACGGCUUUGGCGCUGACUACGUGGCGUUGGAUCAUGAAAAGACUGGCAACACACUGUACCUGCAUGAGUCAUGGACCAAGGUUCCGGUAGCUGAAGAGGCAGGGGACGACAAGGAAAAGGCCCCCACAAAGCUGGCAAUUGGCGUGGAGGGCGGCUUCAACACGGAGGGCCCGCGCACCGUGACCGUCAAGGAGCACGCGCUGGUGGUGCUGCCCUCCAGGGAGCGUGUGGCGCUGCCCUGCCCCGACCUGCCUGAGCUCGUCAUCGGCGUGUGCGACGCAGUCACGGCCCACGAGAGCGCCACCACCCAGGAGACGGUAUCUGCCUGGGAGGAGGAGCGGCGCGUCAGCAAGUACGCGGCAGGCCUUGAGCAGCUGGACACCGGCAAGCGCAUCAGCCCCAACCCCAAGGACUGGAAGUGCGACGAGACGGGGGUGGCGGAGAACCUCUGGCUCAACCUCUCCACGGGCCACAUCGGGUCGGGGCGUCAGAACUGGGACGGCAGCGGCGGCAACGGCGCCGCCAUGCGCCACUUUGAGGCCACUGGGUCCAAGUACCCCCUGGUGGUCAAGCUGGGCACCAUCACGCCCUCAGGUGCUGACGUGUACAGCUACGCCGCUGACGAGGACGACAUGGUGACAGACCCCCUGCUGGACAAGCACCUGCGGCACUGGGGCAUCAACAUGCUGCAGAUGGAGAAGACUGAGAAGACAAUGGCGGAGCUGCAGGUCGACCUCAACAUGCGUUUUGAGUUCGACGCCAUCACCGAGGCCGGGGCCCACCUCGCGCCGCUGUCGGGCCCGGGCCACGUGGGCUUGGUCAACCUGGGGAACAGCUGCUACAUGAACAGCUGCCUGCAGGCUCUCUUCAGCCUGCCAGAGGUCGCGCCGCGCUACGUGGCGGCGGCGCCCGCCCUCUUUAAGAGUGCGCCCCCUGAGCCGGCGGGCGACCUCCUCACGCAACUCGCCAAGGUGGGUGCUGGCCCCAACUGA